UGGCACUGCCGCGCGUCAGUCCGGCAAUGCAGCGCCGUCACCUAACAAUAACAAGCUGUUGUAAUAUCUCGUGCAUCUCGUGGGGCAAAUUUUUAUUAGUUUCGACUGGUUUCGAGUGUCUGGCGUCCAACGAUUUAUUCCAUCAGCGUUUCAUAGUGGAAACGUGCGUGUAUUUAACCGAUACAAAGUACCGUAGUUUAAACGGGAGAACACAUCUUUCCAAACCAGGGCCAGUGACGUGAUCAACAUAAGCCCUAAAACAACCUUAUAUGGACACAGUGUCUCUACAUGUGAUUAGUGUUUUUGCCUGUGCAGCCAGAAUGUGGUGGAUCGCACAUAUUGAGGGUUGCCCCAAGAGGGUAAAUCAUGCGGCUGUAGCUGUCAACCAUAAGAUAUACUCUUUUGGAGGUUACUCAACUGGAGAAGACUGCCGGCGCUACGCCUCCAUGGAUGUACACGUGCUGAACACCCACACCAACCGCUGGUUCAAGCACCCAGUAAGCGACUUGCCUUACUUUGAAAAUGACGACAUUCUGCCCUACAAAAGAUAUGGUCACACUGCUGUUGUCUACAAAGAAUACAUUUAUAUCUGGGGUGGACGGAAUGACAGAUCGCCCUGCUCGGUUCUUUUUCGGUUCGACACCUUCUGGCACUGUUGGACGGCGCCCCCAACCACCGGCUCCAUUCCGCUUGCACGCGAUGGUCAUUCGGCCUGCGUCUGGAAGCACUACAUGUACAUUUUUGGCGGCUACGAGGACGAAACUGAUUUGUUUGGCAAGCAGGUUUACUACCUGGAUCUGGAGACGUUUGAGUGGAAUUACGCAAUUUGUGGAGGUUCUGAACCCACAUCGCGAGACUUCCAUACCACCGUAUGUAUCGGAGACAAGAUUUACCUGUUUGGAGGCCGAGGGGCCACACUCUCUCCGAUGAAUCAACCUCUGGAAACGUAUUGCAAUACCGUGUGGUACUUGGAUAUGAGAACUUUGUACUGGCAUUCCUGUAAAUCCACUGGGGACAUUCCAGUGGGAAGGCGCAGCAAUUCGGCAUUCGUCCACAACGGAAAAAUGUACAUUUUUGGCGGGUACAACGCAGUGGAGGGUCUACAUUACAACGAUCUCUACAUGUUCGAUCCGGUGAAAUUCCACUGGACGAUGGUGCAACCUCAUGGUCAAUCACCAUGUGAGCGCCGAAGACAAGCCUGUGCUAAUGUGGGCGACAGGGUGUUUAUUUUUGGAGGCACAAGUCCGAUGAACCGCACUAGAGAAGAGAACGCAUUGGCGGGUAUCGACGGUUUGGUGGAUCAUAGCGAUAUGUUUGUUCUGGAUUUUUCACCCUCCUUGAAGACACUGUGCAUGGUUGCUGUGAAGAAUUACGGGUUGUACUAUUCGGAUCUUCCACAAACGCUCAAAGUGGAGUUGUACAAUAUGCAGGCACCUAACAAAAUCACGAUAAAUCGGCCCAGCAAUUCGGCAGGUUAACCGAAAAGAUCACACCAGUAAAUAAAACGAAGAGACUAGAAGGUUAUCAACUGACCGUGAUUUGUAUUAUACGCCUUUAAGUCGGUGCGAUUUUUGAAAGUCUGUGAUAGUAGUUGGUCGGGGGUAAUCGCGAUUUUUCGUUUCAAGCUUUGCAGUUUGGCAGCAAUUUCUUGACUUUGUUUAUUCGCCCAAGUGAAAGGAAUGCAUUCAAUGGUGGAUAGUGCCACUGUUUCAAUGGAGAACCUCUUGAAUUUUGUUUGUUUUGUGGUAACUUGACGGCAACAGCAGGCUUUUCUGUUGCUGCUAUUGUAGAUAUUAAGGUGUGAAAAGCUCAGCCUGGAGAGUUUGUUUGCAAACAUACGUAUUUUGAUGCAAGUGAUAUUUUCAUGUACAUAAAUUAUAUUUUAUUAAAAAAUCAGUGAGUUUCCGA